AUGGGCACAAUAAACAGGCAGGUCUCCCGCUAUGAGGUCAGCGCCGUCUACACGCAUCCAGAUGCGAAGGUCGACAUUGUGCUUGUCCAUGGCCUAAAUGGCGAUCCACAAAAGACGUGGACGGCCCGCACCAACGGCGUCUACUGGCCUGCGGACCUGCUGCCAGUCUCGCUGAAGAAGCAGCAUGCAAACAUCUUGGUUUAUGGGUACAACGCCGAUGUCUACUCGACCCGCAAUGACCGUAGCGCCAGCGACAACUUCAUUCAUGUCCACGCCCAGACGCUCAUCGCAACCCUGACCAACUACCGCAAGAGCGAGGAGACAACGCAGAACCCCAUCAUUUGGGUGGCGCACAGUCUCGGGGGCAUUCUCGUGAAGCGGGCUUUGCUGUACAGCAACGAUGUGCGAAACACGGCGCAUGCAGCUCUGAGGUCCAUCUAUGUCUCGACUUAUGGAAUUAUCUUUCUCGGCACGCCGCACACCGGGUCCGACGUGGCUCAGUGGGCGGGAGUGUUGCAGCACAUGUCAGAUGCGGUGGUGCCGAAACGCUUUUUCGAAUCCGAGUCGGUCCUUCUCAAGACGCUCAAGCGAGACAACGAGACCUUGCAGAACAUCAACAGCCACUUCCUCGAUGUCUACCAGCGGUUCAAGAUCCACAUGGCCCAUGAGAAUCAUAAGACAGACAUCAAGGGACAUAAGGUUAUCAUUGUUGACGCUAAUUCAGCGAGCCCUCAACUGCCGGGCGUCAUCUACUAUGGCAUUGAGGCGACGCAUUCAGGCAUGGCCAAGUUUGACAGUGACAACGCGCCCGGCUACAGGAUGGUCUCAACCACCCUUCGUGAGUGGGUGACCGAGGCGCCUAAUGUCAUCCAAGUCCGAUGGGGUGUCGAGGACGAAGAGCGCCAGGCCAGAGCCAGAAAUGACAUCAAUGAGCAGAUAAGGGCGUUUCGUCCUCCCCAGAGCGCAUCUGGCCAGAGCCGAUCUUCAGCAAGCGGUAGGUCUCCUUCGCCCUCAAACACCAUUUACACCCCAUCCGAGAGUUCCGCGCAGGACUCUGUCGCUUCUUCAAGCGCUCCUCCACCAUCGGAGGCAUCCACAUCUCAUGAUGGAAGAUCCGAGAUCUCGGCCACUUCACCCUUGCCAUUGGUACCGGCAUCUUCUCACCCAAGCCUCCCAAGAGAAGGGACAUCAGGAGUUAUUUUCAUUCACCCAGAGACAUUCAGGCCAAACUCGUACAAUAUUGGGCGGGAGGAGGAGAUGAGGGACCUCCACAAGAAGCUUAUGGAUAAAGGGCGUCGGGCCUAUGGAACAUCGGCUGUACUCAUACAGUGCCUGCCUGGCGGUGGUAAGACCCAUUUGGCACGACAGUACGUAUUCAAACACAAAGCCGACUAUUCGGGCGGUGUCUACUGGGUGCGGGCCAAGUCGAUACCAGAGAUGGAACACUGGUUCUGGCGCAUCGCAAAGACAGAAGCAAUACGAGAUUCGCUGGAGGACGUGGCUGGCGGUGCAGUGGAUGACGAGCUGCUACGAGACCCGAGCCGUAUCGUUGACAUAGUUCGCGCAUGGUUCGAAACUUUUGAUGACUGGCUACUGGUUUUUGAUGGCAUACAAUUUGACGCCAAGGGAACCGAGCGUUUCAUCCCGAGCCGUCCUGGAACUUCGAUUAUAUUCACUUCGACUGAUGCCGCAGUGGGCGGGGAUCAUCAAUUUGACAACCCGCAGGUGAUGGAGCUGAAUCUACUGCCAGUGCAGGAGGCGCAAGAGCUGCUCCUUCUUGAGAUGGAAAAGCCGCGUCCAUGGUCCCAAGACGAUCGAUCACGAGCAAUGGAGCUGGUGCAGCUCAUGGGGCGGUUGCCUCUGAUGAUCCACGUUGCGGCCCAGCACCUCAAGACAACCAGAGAGCCUCUAUCAAAGUAUCUGAGGUCGUACCGCAGUAGACCCAAGGUUGGCAGUUUGCCGGCUUAUCGGGCCGUCUACGACCAACUUCAUGAUCGCGGUGCCAACGCAGCGCUGAAUCUCAUGUCUAUAUUGGUUUUUUUCGACUCCCACUUGCCAGUGGAGAUGAUUGCGCUCGGUCUCCAUGCUUUGGAUAACACAACACCUGUCAAGACAUUCGAUGUCUCACAUAGAAAGAUGACCCUUAACAACUCACUUAAAGUGUUGAUAAUGUUCGCGCUAAUCGAGCGGAUAGAGAGCGACGAUAUAUCACCAACCAGCUCACGCAGUUCACGGCAAAGCUUCGACCGCAACGUUGAAUACCUCGACAUCCUGAGAGUUCACAGUGUCGUACAAGCCUUCUUUGUUGAGACUCUGGCUGAAGAGAAACAAUAUGUUUUCUGGCUUGAGCGUGCUGUAGCAGUAUUUUGCCGGUCAUACGAUGAGGCCGACAAUCGUGUCAAACACGACCCAAAGAUAGGGCUGCCAGACGACUAUCGGCGUUUUCAUAUCCACGGACGCAAGCUGCUUGACCACGUGGAGCGGUUUGAGAAGAAAGCCGCGGAUCGCGAGCGCUUGGUAAAGUCACGCAAGGCAUUGGAGCUGCGAUCAGGACUUUGCCACGAAUCUAUCAUCUCGCUCACGCAAAAAGUGCAAGCACACAUCGUCCUCCGGACAGCCGACGAGGCACCGCCUUCUUCUGUCUUUGAAAGGAACAGCGGCAGUCUAUCCGAAACGGACAGCGGCACCCCGAACAGCCAGCAAAGCUUGUCAGGCGUGGAGCAAUGGGUUCCUGUACUAGACAAUGAUAAUAAUGACCUUGGGACUUACCACCAGUCUCCAACUGCAGUUGCUGCGCCGCUGGACUACGUCAACCCCUAUCACUUCCAUGUUCCGGUCCCAUAUCCAGAGAAGCAGACAAUACCGGCGCCGCCGUUUGUGGCGGACGCUGAUGACACAGGAACUGUGGUGCCUGCGGUUCCCUCCCCACGGAUCGACCCUGCCACGCCUGGGAUCGAAGAAGCUACUUCCGCUGUACUCAACUCCCCACGUUCACCGCCAUGGCAGCUUGUGACACAUUCUCCGCAGCACAGGACCGUCAAGAAAAACGAGGGCCGCCGCUACCAUGAUCGUGCAGGAGCUUGGCGGGACAGGACUGUCAGUGAUCCGCGUAGCAGCGUCAGCCGAGAGACAGCUAAAGGGUCUAGAUACGAUGCCCAAAUUCAUGCUCAACAUGGCGGCUCCACACGGCGAACCUCGGUGGCGCCAGAAACGACGGCCGAGAGCGGGGCGAGGAUGAUUCUCAACAAACUCAAGCAGACUUCGCCGGCUGGCGGCGCGGUUGCCGAAAUGAUCAACGACGUUAGUGUUAUUCUGAGCGGUGAUGACAAGACAGUCCGGAGUGUUAGCCACACAACGGGGACCCCUGUUCGUCCGAAGCUAAGGAUCGACGGCGCAAACGGUCACAGCUACGCGAGUGUGGCGGCUGGAAGGCCUAGACCGAUAGGAAACACAACUGCCACUGGCCCCGACAUAAGAGGCAAGGGCAUUGGCCAUAACGACGAACCGCCCACUUCACCAGGCGAGUUCCACAACGAGUAUUUCAAGACUGUCGCUAGUCCUCCGUCGAGCUGGACUGAGAAAACCCAAAACGCUCUGCAGCGGUUCAGAGAAAACAUUAAACCCCGGUCUCGAGCCUCUUCUGAACGCUUAAAUAGCAGGGGGCCUAGUGUGCGGAGGUCAUCAAACGGCACUGCCAAAAGCCACAGUCGGGGAUCGAGCGUAUCGAGCACGCGGGCAAGGCCACCAAGAAGACCUUGGUCAGACCUAUCGAGGAAGUCAAGCAGCGAUCUGCUGAAGCACCACCGGAAGACAAACUCCGAGUCUCCAAUCACGGUCGUGGCCGAGUCGCCUCCGGAUGAGACUCGCGAACUUAGUCUACCGGGAAGCAAGGUGUACAGCAACGUCAGUAGUCCUGCACUUGCGCCGCAGAGCAACAUUAGCAGUCCGCCACUGGCGCCUUCAACGCUCUUUGCCGGGUCACGCUCGACAAAAUCGAGCCCUGGCCAGAUUACAUCACCCUUCUCUCCUCCUGGUCUUCCAUUUGAGCGCCAAACGCGCGGGUCUGUUGCCAGCGGGGGUCCGCAAUUCCAGCCGUUCCCAUCAGCUACUGGUGGUUCGGCUGUGCCUGGGUCGGUUCAAAGGUGGGAUACCGACCUCCCUCUAUACAGUCCUGGACGGGCCAGAAUUCCCUCCUCGGAACUGCUCGAAACGCUACGAGACGAGGGUGACUAUGGAGAGGGCAUCAUGACACGCUCCACACCGUCUAUUCGGAACAGCACUGGUGGCUACCAGUAUUCCGCUGCACCGGUGACUGGAUAUCCUCCAAAGAUUUACGGGCGUCGACAAGAUCACAGAGCCAGCGGUGGGCCACAUCAGUACCCCUAUAUUCUCAGUGUACAGCCGCCGCAAGCUCCAUAUCCCCCCUCGCCGGAUGGCUACACGUCCCUGCCCAUGUCGCGCAACCCCAGCGGAGAAACGCAGCCGCAAAAGCAGCAGCAGUCCCUCGCUCCCAUGCCCGUCAGGCACACCCCACCAGUUCCAAUCACCAGCACCCGGUCUUCUCCAACGGGGGCUUCCAAUGGCGGCUUGAAUACCAGCCGGGGCGCCUGUCCACACGGCCCGCCAUACAUGUACUACGGCUACGACGCCGGCGGCAGCCGCAGUGGGUCCGGCAGUGUCUACAGCCACGCGCCGUCGGACGUGCGCACCGAGCCGUCGCCGCGUAUGGGUCCCGCAUUCCCUGACAUUCAUACCAGUUAUCAGCGGUAUGAGGAGCGGCACUCUGAACUCAUGUCACCCGGGCGUCACCGCGCCGGCUCCGGGAGCUUAUUGGCGGGGAACCCGGCGGCUGCAGCAUCCGCGUCUAUUCGAUCGACCAGUCCUGCUUCCGGCAGUGUUGCUCGUGGUAGGAGGUCGCCGGUUGUGCCUGUGAAGUUUGGCGCGCCGCCUGGGCAAAGUCCAGAUUUGGUGCAGGGUGGGGAGGCGAUGGCGCGGUCCGGCUCGUCGCCGGGGGGUUUGAAGCUUGGAGAUGGACGGUUCAUCGAGUUUGGCAAGGUUCCUGUGGAUGUUAUCGCGGCUGGGCAGAGGGUGCGGAAAUAUGAGAGGGAAAGGUCAAGAGGCAGGGAUGGAGACGGAUGGGAUCUCGUCGAGGGUGGCAGCGGCACUGGGGGUGGUGAGCUGCGUGGACUUGGCAUAACUGAAUAA